AGAGAUAAACGCUAUAGCCUGAUGGGCCACUUGGCUCGUACGCAGACUUUACUUUAGUGUUAGGAAAAUUUCGGCAGUUCAUUUUUUUCUUUUCUCUACUUAUUAUUUUGCUUUUUCAUACAGGUCACAACCGACCUCGGUAUUUGAAGAGAAUUAUCGAUCUUUGAAUCAUAUUUCCUAACAAACCGGAAUCAAAACAUUUCCUUUCGAUUCCACUUAUUUGCUCAUUUAUGGAUGCUUCUCGCUUCAUUAAUAUACAGCUCCUUUUUGAAUUAGGGCCAAUUUAUCACCAAUAAGGCUAUCUGCUUCAGCUUUCGAAACAAUUCAAGACUUUCGAUCUUACUUCUAGCAAACCGGAAUCGAAACAUUCUCUGGCUUUAGAUAUCCGCAAUUCUUGCUCAUUUAUGGACUUUUUUAACUUCAUUAAAUUGUAAUAUGCAACAAGUUAAGCUAAUUCCUGUCAACUGCACGUUGAUUGGACAAUCAAAGGGAAGAAAGUUCCGUAUCAGAUACGAUGAAGAACUUAAAACACUUUCAGCAUUUGAGCGUGUUUUCGUUUUCUUGUACUCGUUGAUGUGUUCAAUGAGCGCUUCACACAUUGCCUUUCAACCAUAAGGUUGAUUCCUCUGUGGGGUCAUUUUUGUUUAUUAAUUCCGAAUUGUUUUCUUCAAUUUGCCAUGGACGUACACGACCUAGACGAGAGUUUCACCGACAUCUUAACCAAACACCGCUUGCUCAUCGUGCAAAAUCUACAAAUGGAUCGAACGUUCAUGUUCGACUACCUAAUCAGCAAAUCGUCUUUUGAUAAGACGGACUUCGAGUUGAUUCAAGCCGAGAAGACCAGCGAAUCAAAAGCAGGAAGGUUUCUAGAUAUCUUAGAAAUGAAGGGAGAGAGAGCGUUCUACCAUUUUAUUGACGCCUUACAGAUUCUUAAUCCGAGCUUGUACGAGAUGUUGACCGGGGAAAGUGGAACGAAAAGAAGCAAUCCCAUAUUUUCGGACAUGAAGAGUCACUUAAUCAGCGGUGGAGGGUCUAGCUUUCUUGACGUGGACAUCCUGAGCAACUAUUCAAAGGUACUCACUGAAAAAUUACAGGACCUGACCCUUCAUCAUGACCAAGUUCUCAAAGACAACCACGAGCUGAGGAAAAAGCUUGAAGAAGCCUUGUUAGAGCAAGGUAGAAAACAACGCAGAAUCGACUCACUAGAAAAGCAGGUAUUAGACACUGAAGACGCUUUGGUUAACGAGGCGCGGUCCAGUGCCAACAAGACGGGAGAGAACCUCCUUCAGAGAUUUGGAGAGGUUCAGCGGGAGGGCAGGACAAACCAGUUUAUAAUCCAGUUACAGAUGAAGCUACUGACAGCGCACGAAGAAAACGAGACACUUCGACAUCAGAUGGAAGACGUAAACGCUCGAAGAGACGAGCUGCACCAGCAGUUGAGUAAAGUCAACGUGGACUACGCGUUUGAGAGAAAGGAGACCACUAAGUUGUCUCAGCAGCUACGAUCGCAAUCAGCAGAAAUGAAGACCUGCGAGAGCCUGAAGAAGAAACUACUUGAAGUGCAGUUCGAAAGUGCGAAGUUGCAAUGUGAGCUGCAGGAAAAAGAGAAUGAUUUAACGGAGGUGAAGCGCUGGACCGAAGCUCUGAAGGCACAGUUUGAUCUGGUAGAGGCCGAGAAAGAGGAGUUACUAAAAAAUCAAGAAGUUGUCGACAGAGAAUGCUCCCGCCAGCGAGAUGAAAUCUCUGAUUUGAUGAUCAAACUAAACCACAAGGAACGCGCCAUGGAAGAACUCAAAAGAAACUGCAAAGAAGCGGAAGAAAGUUCAAAGAUUUAUAGAGAAGAACGGGAUUUCUACUCCAAAUCCAUGACAGAUACCUCCCUGGAACUCGACCAGAUGAGGAAAGAGGCGGAAGAAGCUGCCCAACGACACAAGAAAACUUUGGAGUCCAAAGAAUUGAGUCUUCGACAGCAGACGGACUACUUGCGACAGUUUGAAAAGAAAUACGAUCAGGCCAAAGAGGAACUUGCAUCUGUAAAGACGAUUCUAAACCAAGAGAAAGCAGAGAACGAAGAACUAAGAAAGAGGAUCUCUAACCUGGAGACAGAGUUAAAACAAAAGGAAUUAACCUCAAAGCCUUAUUUGGAAGAAGGUGACCACCAGGGCGUAAGUCAAAUGCAGGAUUCUCAUGAUCCUGAACCGAGUGGGACUGGAGACGACGACGGCUUGAUCAUCGACUGGAGAAAAGAGCGCGCGGCAAAAGAACUCGUGGGGAGUAUCCAGAGACGAGUCAUGAGAACCGACCAUGAGGAAAUCAAGGUGUCCCGAGCCAGGAAUAAAGUCAUCCGCAAAAGUAGGAGCUUUGACGAGAGACUGGCCAAACUUAUACCGGAAGUUGAAAGCUUGCCACUUGAAAACCUGAACGCUUGGAGUCUGGAUCGACACAGAAUGAAACAAAGUCUGCCAUUCGAACUGCUGGCCACCAUGUGCCCGCCAAUGGGAAGCGUUGGCGAUGCGUUUCCCGCUGCGCUUAGCGACGCGAUCUUCCGAUCAAGCGACGGCCCCAAAGCUGAUAUCAGACAGCGCGGAUGUCGCAAGAUGUCUGCUCCCACGGUGAGUGAAUAUCUUCCGUUUUAUCGCCAGGAUUCAAACUCAGCGAGAAAAGAACAGGACGGAAUAGAGGACGGCGCGAAAGCCAGUCAUGGUACAGUUACUGGUGAUGGAAUGGAAGUUUUCGAAGACGAUCGUAAAGCCGCGCAAAAUCAAUUCCGCGCUCGUACUCGCGCAUUCCGACUAAGGGAUGGUGAGCGGCGCAAUCGACGUCUCACCGAGCCAAUCUUGUACACACAGGACUACUCCAGAUCGGACCAUAUGUAACAUAACGAAAUUUGUCACGCAAAGGCCAAGAACAGUUGUUUUUCACUCGGUCCGCCGCGCGUGACGCGAAAGAAAACCGCGAGAAAAUAAUGGCCGUGCGAAAUCCUGGGGGUGAGGAUCCUCGCUCCUAGGAUUUUCCGCGGCCAUGUUUUCUUUCGCGUCAUGCACGACGGACUAAGAGAAAGAGGGACUACUCGUAGUCUACAGUUGUCGCGCUAUUAGUGGUCAUUAUUAAUAUGUAAUGACUUGUGAUCAAAUCGACGAAAACCUGUAAAUGGUACAUAAGAUAUCUUUUCUGGAAACUGCGGUUGUUUUACAUUUUUCCUCUAAGGAAAUAGUAGAUGUAUGCGCGCGCUAAUUGUGCAAUAGGCACGCGUAGGCCCUUUGCAUGAACGUGUCACGUGACCUCGUCAGUCGCAGGAUGGAAAGAGCGGGAUGAAAUUAGUAAAAUUUCCAACGUUGAAGUUACGGAAGUAGUGAUGCGAGAUUUUAGGACACUUUGAAUGUUGCACGGCAAAGAUUGCCAUCCAGCAACAUUUUUCCUUACAAGUCUUGUUUUAUUUUUUUAACCUUAAGAUAACCGUAACAUCUCACAUUCAAACGUUGCGGCCACAAAAUUGGAAUUCAAACUAAUUUCAUCACGCUUUUUCUAUUUAUGGUUUCUAUUUUACAUUAGUAGAAUUCUAUUAGUAUACUAAUGCAAAUGCUGUAAUCUGAUUGGCUGAGCUACUCGUAUA